GCUGUCCCAGUGCCGCACCUUAAGCAACCUCCGGCUGCCCUGUCGCCGGAUGCCACCAUCGCCCAACGUCUCCGUGCAGCGUGCAUCCUGCCCCAUCUCGAACCUAAGUGGUCAGCAAGGCGGCCAAGCAAAGGUCCCGUCCUGUGUCGAGGUCCAAGGUGUGAAAGCGAGAGGUUCAAACGGCACCGUCAACGUCUGGUCAUUCCUCCUCCGACAGCUGCCCACUCGCUCACCCGUCCGUCGCCCGACGACGCCCUCCAAACUCAUAGUUCUUUUCUUUUCGUCUUCCUCAGUUCCCACACUGCUGAAGAUUGCUGUUGUUGCUGCCAGUCGCCGUAUCCAUAGUGAGGCCGACCACCCCUCGUCCACCUGAUCCGAUUGCGCGCGCGCAUACCCAUACCCAGCCGAUGCAAGAGACCUCUCGCAUGCACAGAAUCAACACCAUCCGCACUGUAAUCCUCCAGUCUACCAACCACCGUCGUACAAGUUGCGCCUCGAGCUUCUCAUAGAAAUAUGACAUGGACGGUAGUCUCUAGCUGACAGUCACGACCCCAUCUACGUCAACUUUGACUCUCGCGACGACAACAUCGCCGACUGCGAAACAAAGGCCGACGCCGAUACUAAAGGAACUGCGCGCCCCCCCCCCCCC